AUGCGUAUCGAAGGGUCAGUAGAAUGGAGCGAGGCGUGGUUUGCAACGGGCAUCAAGACCAACCUGCUACAGAAUGGAUACAAUCCGAAGAUGCAAGUGUCAGCGAUGUCGCUUGGCCCGACAGUAGUCAUCACGCGCUACAAAGACACUGACGGCAAUCCGGGUUUGGCGCAAUAUGUGUUGGACCAACCAACCGAAACUUUGAUUCUUCACCAGGAUGGCUCAAACAGUAAUGAUGUGACGUCGCAUUAUCGGCUGGUUGCUUGGUCUCAAGGAUCGCGGGAGAAGAGCUUGCUGGCGAUUGCUUCAUCGUAUCAAGUGGAGGUCUGGGAGGUCACUGUUUCAAGGGGAAUCUCUGCAACUUUGAAGGGAUCUGUGGACAUUGACCAUUUACAAUGGAUGUCUUGGAAUCCCUGCAACGAAGUUCUGCUUGCUUGCUCCAAGACCGACAUUGUGAUAAUUGUUGCUAUAGAACCAGCAUUAUCGUACCGUGAAAUUUACACCGAUAGUAGCAGCACGUACCGAACAUGGGGCGCAAGUUCGUGGAGUCCUUCUGGAUUGCAAGUGUCAAUAGCGCAAAAUCAUGUCCUUCAUUGUUUUGCUUGGACAAACGUCAAAUCUUUACUCUCGGAAUCACCGAAGCACGACCAAAUUGAUGCAAGAACCCCCUUGAAAGACAUCAGAACGAAUCAGCUGAACACCGGAAAUGCUAGUGUUGGUCCAAUUGCUGCUGUUGCUCGCGUGUCUCCAACUGUUUGUAUUCUUACGACGGACACGAAAUUGAUUGUAGAAGACAUCACACGUCCAGACCUCGCCACUGCAUCAGUAAAUAUGGAACCUCAAUUGAAUGGAACAGGGUCUGCAUCUACCUUGUUACUACGUACGAUAAACUCACAUUGUCAAGAAAUUCGAGAGCACGGUGUGGCUUCAUCCAGCGAUGUCCUUGAUUUGACUUCCAUACGCGUCUCGACCAGUUCCAUAGAAAAACCGCUUCAAAUUCUAAACUACAUUGAGGAUACUGCGCCUUGCGAGAUAGCGCCGCAUGUAAAACCAUGCUCUCACCUGCUGAUUGUCGAAUACAAAGCCGGGAAGUGGAUCGUCAGUUUGAUUCUCGAUCUACCUCAGUUGACCUCCCCCGACGUCCUCGUUGUUCAGGAGAUGCGAGCCAUUGUCGGAAGCAGUUUGUCCCCGCGCCUAAUUGUUGCGCAAUUGGAUGUUUCCGAUCACAUGCAGUGGACGGCUUUGGUGUCUGGCGAACUGGAAUUGCCACCAAUGCACGUAUGCAGAGGACUCUAUCUCGCCGAGAAGUCUUCGUUUGUGGGCGUUGCCUCCACGAAGAAGUGCAAGCGUGCUACAUUUUUUCACGCCGUUGCGAACAUGGAACCACUGCCGGUCUACCUGUCCAAUUUUAAAUUGCCCCAGCGUCCACAAUCAACUAAACCUACUGUCAAGCAAAUCGAUAUAGUGCAGAAACCGACUGCAAUGGCUGUCGAUAACAUUAUUGGCAGCCUCGGUGAAGACAAACACAAUGGCGGUGAGAAUAAGGACCUACUGGAUCUUAUUUUGGCAAACGUGAUGGCUAUGCAGAACCAAUUGAACACCCGCUUCGACGACGUGGACAAGAAGUUGCUACAGCUGAUGGUUCGUAUGGAACAGCUCGAACGGAACAGCACAAGAAACAAGUAA